AUGAGUAAAAACGACGGAGUGGCGCUAUUGGCUAAGGACCGGAUUCCUCCAGGGACACCACCCAGGACACACAAGCCUUUAGACAAUGGGCUGAAGAAGAGUGACACCACUGAUUUCCCAGUGGCACCCAGCAAAUCUUCUUUCCCUGUGUUUUCCAAACCUAUGGACUCCAAUAUAAAGCAUUGUGACAUCAGGAAAAGUGAGGAUAUUGAUUCUCCACAAACUUCGCCCGAAGUGUCAGAGUACUUGUUAAAAAAAUAUAAUAAUGGUGUUGACUCUAUAAGUCCGAAGAAAACACCAAAAAGGCCACCAAAAAAUCUUCUGUUCAAAGCAGUCUCUGAAGGUGACAUAGAGUCAUUGAACAGACUGCUGCAAGAGGCCAAAGAGUCAGCAGCCACAUAUACACAGAAAGAAGCUCAAGAUUUCUUCGUGUACAAAUUAACAUCAAAAGAUACUGGAAAAACCUGUUUAAUGAAGGCAUUAUUGAACAUAAAUGACAAUACUCCUGAGAUUGUGUGUAUUCUGAUGUCAUUCGCUGAGGAGAAUGGAUUCUUAGAAAGAUUAAUUAAUGCUGCAUAUACAGAAGAGAAUUAUAAAGGUCAAACUGCACUGAACAUAGCCAUUGAGAGACGUCAGAGUGACCUUGCCAAGUGCUUAAUAAGAAAAGGGGCUAAUAUAAAUGUACGGGCACAAGGACGAUUCUUCAACCCAAAGCAUAAACAUGAAGGAUUUUAUUUUGGAGAAACACCAUUAGCACUCGCUGCAUGCACCAACCAACCAGAUGUGGUACAGCUGCUGAUGGAGAACAGCCAGACCAAUGUCACCAUCCAGGACUCUCUGGGGAACACUGUUCUUCACGCACUGGUGACAGUGGCAGAGAAUUCUGAAGCACAGAAUGUCUUUAUCAUACGCAUGUAUGAUACAAUCCUACGAACAUGUAAAAACAAGUCUUUGGAAAGUAUUGAAAAUAACGAAGGACUUACUCCAAUGCAACUAGCAGCAAAGACUGGGAAGACUGAGAUACUACAUUACAUUUUGAGUCGGGAGAUCAAAGAAAAGGAAAACAGGGUCCUGACCCGAAAGUUCACAGACUGGGCCUAUGGACCUGUUUCAUCUUGUCUGUAUGACCUGAAAGAUGUGGACACCUGCUCACGCAACUCCUUACUAGAAAUUGUGGUUUAUAACACCAACACUAAUAACCGCCAUGAGUUGUUGGCUUUGGAGCCCCUCCAUACUCUUCUUCAGCUGAAGUGGAAGAAGUUUGCAAGAUACAUGUUUCUCUUGUCCUUUCUUCUUUCCCUCACAUAUAAUGUUGCCCUGACAUUAAUCUCCUAUUACCGGCCACGUGGAGAACAGGCUUUAUAUCCGUUAAGUCUCACAUAUGAUCGGGGCUGGCUGCAACUGGUUGGACAAAUGUUUAUUAUUGUUUGUGCUACCUACCUCAUGAUUAAAGAGGGUGUGGUAAUCUUCUUAGUGAAGCCUUCAGACCUACGAUAUGUCCUGUCAGAUGCGUGGUUCCAUGUAUUAUUUUUCAUACAGGCAGUUCUGGUUAUCUUGUCUGUUUUCUGUUACCUCUUUGGAGUCAAAGAAUAUCUAGCCUUCCUCGUGUUAGCUAUGGCGCUUGGAUGGGCAAAUAUGUUGUAUUACACAAGAGGAUUUCAGUCCCUGGGAAUUUACAGUGUAAUGAUCCAAAAGGUCAUCCUCAAUGAUGUUCUAAAGUUCUUAUUUGUGUACAUCUUAUUCUUGUUCGGGUUUGGAGUAGCCCUUGCCUCAUUGAUUGAAAACUGCACAGAUGGUGAUGAAUGCAGCGCCUACAAGAGUUUCAGCACAGCCAUCGUAGAACUGUUUAAGCUCACUAUUGGGCUUGGAGACCUGGAGAUUCAGCACGACUCUAAAUACCCAGUCCUGUUCCUGCUACUUCUUAUUGCCUAUGUCAUUCUGACAUUUGUCCUUCUGCUAAACAUGCUGAUUGCAUUGAUGGGAGAAACUGUGGAAAAGGUUUCAAAGGAAAGUGAGCACAUAUGGAGAUUGCAGAGAGCUCGAACUAUACUGGAGUUUGAGAAGAACUUACCAAUGUGGCUAAAAGGAAAAUUUCAACUUGGAGAAUCAUGUACUGUCUCCAAAAAUGAUAAUAGAACCUGUUUAAGGAUAAAUGAGGUAAAAUGGACUGAAUGGCACAAUCAUGUCACCUGUAUAAAUGAGGAACCCGGCUUUGCAAUGUGUUCCGGAACCAGCUAUGCUAACUUCAAUGCUGAAGAUGAACCUGACAGUUUUGAGAAUGAUCAGCCAGUUACCAUCGAAUUCAAAGAUGUGGUGGAGCCAUGCAUAGAGACCACAGUUUAA